CAAACAAUUCAAUGGGAAUUUUUGGGCCCCAAAAUGCGAGGAGAAAACGAAAAACAAGUUUUGAACAUAUUAGAAGCAAUCGCGAGGAUUGAGACGUCAUCUAAAUGGGAAUCCGGUUGCGCCCUUCUUGCUGCUAGAUUAGCUCGAAGAAUUUCACAUUUAUUUGUUUACCACUUUUCACACACAGUUGAUGUUGAUUUGAAUGGUCGACAUAUUAACUUUACAGGUGCACCACACGGUUCUGAAUUGAUAGCAUUGUUUGGAGAUGCUCUGAUGCUUCAAAUAGCUCGUCGACCAAUGUCACCAAUAGAAAAAGAAGCGUCUAUUAAAUUUAAAAAAUACAUAAAAAAUUUCGUUACUUUCGGGUCACCUGGUCCCCAAAAGGAAUGGCCAAGAUACGUGGUAGGUGAUUCGUAUAUACACGAAAUAUGUGACCCAAAGCUAAUGGAUUACAACCAAUACAAAUUUAACAAGAGAAUAUCCUUUUGGCUGCAAUACCUACCACGUUUAUCCAACAAACUCGCCUUAAAUGUACAAGCUGAAAAAAUUUCUGUCGAUAACGAUGGUAAUCGUCUCCGCGGAGGUGUGAUAGCGUUGUGUGGACUUUCAACAAUAUUUGUAAUAUUGUUGGGCGUUAGUGUUAUUUUAUUGUACAAAGGGCGAACACGGCGACCCUUGGACAUUGAUUCACAUGUCGCAAAAUUGUAAUAACUUAAAAUAAAACAGGACUGAAGUGAAAUUAAACCUUUUCAAUAUACUAAUAAAUGAAUGGGAAAUUUAAA